UCCUUUGCUAUUUUGGUGUAAUGCAUACUUCUACUUUCCAAAAUUAAAGGGUGAUCCUGACCAAGUGCUCGCUGUUUAUACGUCGCAACAUUUAUUCGUCAUGACUGAUGUGGCAGCAAUGGAGGCCAGAGGAGACGAGUCAACCAGGAAUUCACUUUUAACAGAUGAAUGUUACGCGGAUUUCGUUAAUGAAGAGUUCGAUGCGAAAGCAUACACUGCGCAUGCCAUACACCAUGCAGUCAUCGCUGAACACCUCGCCAAACUCGCCCAAGGCAUUAGUCAGCUGGAUAGAGAACUCCACUGUCAGGUCGUGGCUACACACGAAGACCUGCUAGCUCAGGCAACAGGGAUUGAAUCUCUUGAAGGUGUCCUUGAAAUGAUGCAGACAAGGAUUUCAGCAUUGCAGAGUGCCGUGGACAGGAUCAGAACCAAGAUCAUUGACCCUUAUAAUAAGAUUCUGGUUCGGACUGCCCAGCUUGCAAGAUUACAGGUGGCAUGUGACCUGCUGAGGAGGAUCAUCCGAAUCUUGUACCUGACAAAGCGUCUGCAGGGUCAGCUACAGGGGGGCAGUCGGGAGCUGAGUAAAGCAGCCCAGAGUCUCAACGAACUAGACUACUUGUCUCAGGGGGUGGAUCUGUCUGGCAUUGAUGUCAUAGAGAACGACCUGCUGUUCAUCAGCCGUGCACGUCUGGAGGUAGAGAACCAGGCCAAAAGACUGCUUGAGCAGAGCAUGGAGAUUCAGAACCCAUCCCAGGUGGGCACAGCACUGCAGGUGUUCUAUAACCUGGGCAGUCUGAGGGAGACUGUCAACAGUGUGGUGGAGGGGUACAAAUCAUUCGUCCAGGACAGUGUAACCAGCGCCCUUGACAUUAAAGUCCUCACUCAACCUACAAACAAUAGAGGUGCUCCAGGGAGGGCAGUAAUGCCUACUCCAGGAAACACUGCUACUUUCCGUGCUGCCCUUUGGACUAACCUGGAGAAACUGAUGGACCAGAUAUAUGUUGCCUGCAGUCAGGUACAGCACCUUCAGAGGGUCCUGACCAAAAAGAGGGACCCUGUCACACACGUGUGUUUCAUUGAUGAGAUCAUUAAGGAUGGAAAACCAGACAUAUUGUAUGUUUUCUGGAAUGCAGUCACACGUAUGUUGUCUGUGGAACUCCAGAAAGCUACAGAAGCAUCCACGUUUCUGAAGCAAGCCCUAGAGGGAGAAUAUCCCAAACUCCUUAGGCUGUAUAAUGAUUUGUGGAAGCGGCUGCAGCAGUACAGUACCAACAUACAGGGGGCGCUGGGGAGCAGUAGCUCGGGCCUCGACCUGGAUCUCACCGGAUCUGAAUCUGACACUCAGGAUCUCUUCACAAGAAUUAAACAGGAUUAUGAUCCAGAGAAAGCCCUGAAGAGCUCUCUUCAGCCAUAUGAAGCAGCCUACCUAUCCAAAUCACUUUCUCGUCUGUUUGACCCCAUCAACUUGGUGUUCCCACAGGGGGGGCAGAGCCCUCCUUCUACUGAUGAGAUGGAGAGCAUCAUUAAAACCAUUGGCAGUGAGCUCAGUGUAGGACUGGUAGAUCCGGGACUGACUGUUGCUGUGGCCAAGAAUGUUGCAAAGACAGUGCAGCUCUUCUGCGUGAAAUCUGAGCAGCUGCUCUGUACACAGGGUGAUGCCAGUCAGGUGAUUGGGCCUUUGACAGAGGGUCAGAGGAGGAAUAUAGCAGUGGUGAAUUCUCUAUAUCGACUGCAGCAGUCUGUGGCUAAAGUGAUAUCCGGACUGGUAGCCUUCCCAGCAGCUGCAGGGCAAGCACUCACAGCAUCUUUAGAGUCUGUGCAGGCUCUGAUGGGCAGUGCCGUCCAGCCGUUGUUGAUGUCUGUGACGGACUCUGUGGAAGCCAUCCUCAUUACUAUGCACCAGGAAGACUUCUCUGGUCCCCUCUCUGCAGGAGAAAAGCCGGACAUGCCUUGCUCCCUGUAUAUGCGGGAGCUACAGGGUUUUGUGGCACGGGUCAUGAAUGACUACUUCCGCCCACUGCAGUGCCUGGACUUCCUUUAUGACAGCACAGAGAGCAUCGCCCAGCGUGCCAUCACUGUGUUCGUCCGGCACGCUUGCCUCGUGAGGCCACUCGGUGAGGGCGGGAAGAUGAGACUGGCUGCUGAUUUUGCCCAGAUGGAGCUGGCUGUGGCUCCUCUCUGCAGACGAGUUUCAGACUUAGGAAAACCAUAUCGCUUGCUGCGUGCAUUCAGGCCUCUUCUGUUUCAGACAAGUGAGCACAUAGCCAGCAGUCAGGUAGUGGGAGAUUUGAUUCCAUACAGCACCAUACUGCAUUUACUCUUCACCCGUGCCCCAGCUGAGCUUAAAUCUCCUCACCAGAGAGCAGAAUGGUCUAUUGCACGGUACUCCCACUGGCUUGAUGACCACCCCUCAGAGAAGGAUCGCCUCACCCUAAUCAGAGGGGCCCUGGAGGCCUAUGUGCAUUCUGUCAGAGCCAGACAAGGGAGGAAUUUUGCACCUGUGUAUCCCAUUAUGCUCCAGCUCCUGCAGAGGGCCACCAGUGGGACAUAAAAGGAGAAUGAGAAAUGUAGGAUAAGCCAAUAGAAUGCAGUCACCUUUAAAUAACUAGAGUUGGGGUGAUGACAAGAUAUUUCUGUCUCAACAAAAUGAACACAGUUAAAAUAUUGGACAUUUUGCAGAGUAUUUUGGUUUUAUUCAGAGGUGCUGUUAACGAAAUUCUUCCAAUUCAAAUGUUUGGUUUGUGAAUAUAGCCCUGGGUGAAGUCAUGUUGGCUCCUUUUGUUAUAUUUUGAUUGUAAACAAUAUGUAAACUUAAUUUAACCAUCCUAUCACAGAUCUAAGAGUUUUCUUCAUCUCAUUUCCUACUACUGGAUUUACUACAUUGUUUUUAAAUGCUUUCCUUGUAUUCAAAAUGUCUAGUAUUACUGUUUCUUAAGAAGACACAUCAUCUGUCUUUAGAGGUUUAUUUGCUUUAGACUACUAUUAUAAUUUUUUACAACUGAUGAAGAAACAGUUUAUAAUACAUGUCUCUUUAAAUAAUAAACAAAGACAAAAUGUUUCCUUUGUCCUAAUCUUCGUGAAUACAAGGAGGAAAAUUGAGAAAAUAAAAUAGGUUAUAAAAAUUAA